UUUAAAAAAAAUUACUAAAAAUCUAACUGCUAUAAGUUAGCUUGGCUGCUUGACCUUGAGACCUAAACAAUAAACAUACAACAACUAAGUUAAAGUCAAAGCCAAAUAAUACUAUUCAAUUUAUGACGUAUGUUGUGACGCUGAUUUAAGUGAUUUUAUGCGAAGACAAAAGAUAUCUUGUGCGCAAGCGUAAUCAGACGAUUAAGUUAGCAGCUAGGCUAGGCUAGCUAACAGUCGGCCAGUAUUUUGUUGGGUGUUGUGCGGGAGGGUCGGGUCGUGAAAAUGACCGGAGUGGACGAGAUACUGAAUUAUCAAAGAAAUCCCGACGACGAUUAUUACGCUUUGCUGGGCUGCGACGAGAAUUCUUCGGUUGAGCAGAUAACUGCAGAGUACAAGGUGUUGGCUCUGCAACACCAUCCUGAUAAGAAUGAUGGUGAUAAAGAUGCUGAAGCUAAAUUUCAACAACUAAAGGAGGCAAAGGAGACGCUCUGUGAUCCUUCCAAGCGAGCUCUCUAUGACAAAUGGAGGCAGAGUGGUGUUGCCAUGGGGUACAAGCAAUGGCUAAGCAUGAAGGAUCAUGUGCAGCAGUCCAUGCACUGGUCCAAACCCAACACCAAGGAUCGCAUGCUGGAGGGUGAAUUGGGACACUCAUCUGGCCCAUCCAGCCUGGGCCCAACCAAUGCUGCCGCUCGCAGGGCUUCUGAAGGCGGAGCUGCUCUCUGGGGACGCUGGGGUCCUGGCAAUCAAGAGCCACCAUCCGAAGUGAUCUCUAAAUUCCGUAAUUAUGAAAUUUAAUUUAGCAUAAAUCUAUGCUAAUUUUAUUUCUUUUCAA